UAAGAUAUGCUAUAAUUGAUCGACAUUUAAAAAAUAUGUUAUUUAUUUCAAACGUAGGUAAUUACUUCCUGUGCUAACAUAAUCGAUAAGUCCAAAGUGUUUAAGCGGGCUGGGCUUCAGGCCGAUAUGUUCGGCCUCAAAUCUGCUGCUCUAAGUAAUUAAACGUAAAUUUAGGGGCACUUCUGAAAAGAAAAGAAAAAAAAAACCACAGGCUCGUCGUAGAAGGGAAAAGCCUUGCAGUCGGCGAAGCGCAUUUGGUGGCGGAAGAGACGUCGUGGAAGACCACCCAGGCUUGAAGCGACUCCUUCGGCUCUGUUUGAUUAGCUAAACAUCUGUUUUCAGACCCAAAUUUCGAACACAGAAUCAGAAUCAGACCCAAAAUCACCGAGAGAAUUUGUUUUCCUAAGUAAGAAGUGAGUGUGACAUACAACUUGAAAAUAGAUAUAUAUAUAUAUAUAUCAGGUUUUUGCAUAGUAGAAAAGGGGGAAAAGAAUGGCUGAGAGACAAGGUCUUGAUCAGCAGCAUCAAACCGAUCCGCCAUUGCAGUCCGCAGGAGCUCCUAAGGAAGACAUGAUUGCUUGUCUCAUGGCGUUAGAGGCUUCUUUGCUUCCAUGCUUGCCUGCAAAAGAGCUCCAGGCAAUCGACCGUUCUCCGCAUCCUUCUCACCAGAUUGAUGUGGAAAGACAUGCCAGAGAUUUUAUGGAGGCUGCCAAAAAGCUUCAACUGUAUUUUAUUGGUCUUCAACGUGAGGAGCAACCAAAUAAGGCUGAAACACUGAGAAAGGAGAUUGCUGCCAUGGAAGAAGAGUUGAAGCACAAAACUGAGAUUAUCAAUAAACAUGAGAAACUGAUUCUAGGGUGGAGAAAGGAGUUGAAAGACCAGCUAGACAAACACCAAACGGAAUUGGAGAGGGUAUAGCUACUUGCCAACGGGCGUGAUCUGACAUGUUGUAUUGUUUAGUGACAGACAUCUUAGUGUUGCUUUGAGAUGUGAAGCUCUCUCUUUAACUUAAUCACGAGUUUUGCAACUUUUUAAUGACAUGCUUUUACUCUGCGGUCUGUAUAACUUGUAAAGAAAAUAUUUUGUUCAGCAUUGCUUGAAUCCCAGUAUGGCAAACCAACUUGUUAGGCUAGCCAACUUCACUUUAUUGGC